AUGAAAAAUGUUAUUUUAAAGUUAGUUUUACUUUGUUUACUUUUAAGAUUUUCUUUAAUUACCUUUGCAAUUCUUAUUUCUAACUUUCCAAGGUUACACAUUCCAAAGUAUCAGUACGAUGUCUCCAUAAUAAACAAUAAUUUCAACUACAAAGAUGAAAACAAGAAUAAAUAUUUAAAAAUAAAAAGUAAAAGGUGUUUAAAAGGAAAUUACAGCUUUCCAAUAACAAAUUUUUUUGGUUUUUUGAAUCGCAAUAAUAAUUUUGACCCUAACACACAAAAUUUUAAUGAAAGUAAUAAGGUUGAGCAUGAAGAAUAUGUAAAUAUAGAGAAGUUAAAUAGGUUUUGGUUAGUAUUGAUAGCAUUUGUAAGCUGGGAUGGUGAAAGAUUUUUGAUAAAUAGUUUAAAUGAGUUGAUUUACCUAAAGGAGGAAUCAUGUGCCUUCUUCCCGUUUUAUUCAUACUUGUUAAAUUUAAUCGCAAAUUUUAUACAGAAACUACUCAAACUGUUUGAUAUUUCAUUUCCUAGACCUUUUUUAAUAGUUUUAAUUGGCUUCAUUUUAAACAAUAUAUUGUCAGUUUUCAACAAUGUUUUAAUAUAUCUCAUAUUGAGUAAGAAUAUUUUUACUACAGAAUCCUACUCCAGAACAUUACAAAAUAAGGUUAAAAGUAAGAAAAAUUCUAAGUUUGAUGAACCAAAAGUGGAUGAACAAGAUGAAUUCAGUAGAUCCUCAGGAUUAUUGAGUACAUUAACAUACACGGUAUCUCCAGGUUUUAUAUUCACAACUUCAUUGUAUACUGAGCCUUUAUACACAGCACUAAAUUAUUCAGUACUAUUACUUGUAUAUAAACUAAACUCUAAGCUAAAACAACCAGAGGAUGAUACAGAUUACAACAAAAUGAAAUUCGACAAGAGUAGUUUUAAUCAAUUGAUGACUGAGUUAUUUGUAGUUUUUUUAAUAUUUGUUAAUUGCUUAACGAGAUCAAAUGCAAUACUCCUAUUAAUACCAUUUUCCCUAUACUUGCUUAAGACUCUGCCUCUGUAUCAUUUGAUUAGAAGUAAACUUGUUCCAAGACAACCAACUACAAAUAAGAAUAAAACUAAUUUGAAACCUUGUGAUCCAAAUACUAAAUUUAAUUUCAUAACAAAAUUUGUAUUAAUAAAUUUAUGUUACUUGUUAAAGUUUUUGUUGUAUUUAUACGUACUGUUGCUGCCAUUUCUGUUAAUACAAUUGUAUGGUUAUAAAUUAUUUUGUAAUCAAUUAACUAAAAACUUGUUACGUGAGAAUGUAAGCAACUUUAGAAUUGAUAAGUUCAUUAAAAACAAUUUGCUAAUUAACCCGAUCAGUUUGAUUAAAUUAUUUAAACCGAAAACCUCAAGGUCAAUUUAUAGUUCAGUUAACCCAAGAAUAGAAAGAGAUAGCAUGUAUGGAAAUGAGUUCUGUAGAAAUGGAUUCAAUUUAAUAUAUAAGCAUGUACAGUCUAAAUAUUGGGGAUUAAAAUUAUUUUAUUCAUUCGACUCAUUUAAAAAUUUCACACACUUUCUAUAUACCCUACCAAAUUUUUCAUUGGUGUUGAUAUAUUUGUUCAGAGUACGAAGGAAAUUAAAAAGGAAAUGUAGAGGUUUUAUCAAUUUUAUUUUCGAGUUCAUUGAAAAUUAUGAAUUAAAUCUUAUUUUACACUUGAUUAUUAACUUUCUGUCACUUUUCCUGUUCUCACAUAUACAGAUUUUCUUCAGACAGUCCUUAACGUUGAUACAAUUCGUAUUCCAAUUUACAGUAAUAUUACACUAUAUCACCCUGAAUAAAGGGAAAUUGGCGAUUUUUUAUAAACUUCUGUACAUUUAUAACAUAGCAUUGUGCUUUGUUGGAAUCAUUUUAUUUUCAAACUUUAUCGGAUGGACAUAA